AUGCUCAUCAUUUACAUUUAUUUUUUAGUGUGCUUUAUUAUUAUAAGAGAUGUAAAAACGCGAAUUUCAUAUGAUGAGAUUAUAUCUUUUAAUAACUUGAAUGAAAAAAAUGUAUUAACAUAUUAUAGCUAUGAUGAUGAUUCUGAUGAGUGUUAUAUGUGGUAUUAUUUUAAAGAGGAUUUUUUUGAAAUAUAUUAUUUAAAAGAUGAAUAUAAUAUAAUAAAGAAAAAACAAAGAGAUCUAAUUGACAAGGAGGAUGCUAGCAGGACAGAAAUGUGGAACAGUAACAAUAAUAAUAAUAAUAAUAAUAAUAAUAAUAGUAAUAUCAUUGAUUAUAAAUACAAUACAUUCUUAGAAAAUCCUAAUAAUAUCAACUCAUGGAUUAUUAGUGACAAUAUUUGUUGUAAGGAAGUAUUAAUUUUUAUAGAUAAAAAAAAAGCUAAUUGUAACAAAUCGUUAUCCUCAUUUAUCAUAAGAGUAAAUAAUAAUAAUAAUAAAAAAAAAAAAGAAGAAGAUGAAGAAGAAGAAAAAAAGAGUUAUAUUUUGGUUGAAUAUAAUGUAAACAGUCACAUAUAUAUGAUAAAUAAUAUUAUUAUAACAUAUGGUAAUAAAACUGAGAAAAGACCCUUAUAUAUUCUUACAGAUAAUAAUAAGAAAAUUAAUUAUUCUAAAAAUGAUAUAUUUGAUAUAUAUUAUAAUACAGAAUAUGUCGAUUAUAUAAAAAUAUUAUAUAACAAAGUGGGAGGAUAUCAUGAAUUACAUUUAAAGACAAAAGAUAAAAAAAUAGGUAAGACAAAAAUCUUUAUUAUAUUAAGAAAUAAAUGUAAACAUAUAUUUAUUACUAUUCUGUUAUAUAUUUAUGAACAUUUAUUUUUACUUCCUAAUAAUACAUAUGUCAUACCAGGAAAUAAUAUAAAAUUAGUUUUAAGAAAAAAAAAUUACAAUCAAACAUAUUAUGAAAAAAAAGAAAAAAUCAAUAAUUGUUUAUAUAUAUUUGUAAAAAACAAAAAUAUUUUUAAAACUUUUAAUAUACAACCUUUAAAAAUGAAAACAAAUAUAUAUAAAUCAAAUUAUUUCAAAGAUGAUGAUAAGAAUAAAUAUAAUGAUAUAUCUUUAUAUUAUGAUGAUUAUCCAAAAAAAAAUUCUCAUCUAUACAAUGAUGAAGUGAAAAGGUCUGGAUAUGAACCUGAAAAAUUAUCUUUUUAUCAUUAUUAUAAAUACAUUGAAUUUAUAAAAUAUAAACAAUAUAAAGAACAUAUAAAACUUAUGCAAUGUCUAAAAGAAUAUCAUAUAACAAAUUUUGAAAAUAAAUAUAAAAUUAUGCAUAGUGAUGAAUAUGAUAUAAUUCAAAAUGAUGUAAUACAAAUAAAAAAUAUAUAUAAUAAUAAUAAUAAUAAUAAAAAUAAUGAUGAUGAUAAUAAAAUCAAAAUACAUGUUAUAAUAAAAAAUGAACAAAACAAUCAAACCUUUUCCUCAUUCCUUUAUUUAUAUCAUGUACAUCAUAUAAAUAUAGAUUGCUUUUAUCCUAAUUAUAUUAUAUCACAACACAUGAUAGAAUAUGAUAUAAAUAAAAAGAAUAAGAAUACACAGAUACAAAAUAAAAAAAAAAUAUAUGAACAAGAUCCAUUAAUAUAUAUAGAAAUGUUAUAUUUGAAAUAUCAUUUUUUUUAUAAACAUUAUUAUUAUUUUAAUAAUUAUUAUAUACAUCGAUAUUUUAAAAUAUAUAGAAAUAAUACUACAAAUCAGGAAGAAGAACAAAAAAAAGGGAUACAUGAAGACAAAAUAAAUUUGUUAGCAAACACCAAAUAUCUUUGUUUUAUUAAAUUAGUAAGUGAUAAUAUAAAAGAAAAUAUAUAUUAUAAUAAUUUAAUAAAUUCAAAUGACAAUAAAAUAAGUAAUUGGAUUAUAACUCCUAUAAAAAAAAAUAAUUUUAAUAUGUUCAUUAUGUAUACAUUUGAAAAAGAGCUAGCUAAAUUAUUUUUAACAUGUAAUUAUAUGAAAAAAUCAAAUUUUUUACAAAUAUCAUAUGAUAAAUACGAAUCAGUUAAGAAAUAUAUUACAUAUUCUUCAAAAAUAAAAUGUUAUAUUAAAGAAGAUAUAUUAAUGUCUACUCUUUAUAUUUUUCCAGAUGAAAAGAUUUAUUAUAUAUGUUAUGGAGGUAUUAAAAAUAGUUAUAUUAUGAAGAUAUUUAAUAAAUAUGAUUUUAUUCAUGUACAUGUAGUAAAUGAUAAAAUGAUUUCAAUCCAAUUAAAAAAAAAUAACACACAUGAAAAAGAAAAUAUAAAAGAAAGAAACAAAAAAAAAGAUUAUAGUAAUGAUAAAAAAAAAUAUGUUAAUUAUUCACAUAAUAAUAAAAAAUAUAAUGAUUUGUUAUAUUUAAUAGUUAUACAAUUUUGUGAUCAAUAUAAUAUUAAUAAUUGUUUUAUUUCAAAAAUAUAUAUAAUACAAAAUAUACAUCAUUAUUAUAUUAUAUUAGAAAAAAAUACAAUCGAAAUAAAUCAAACAACAAAAGCGUAUGUCUACAUGUAUUAUGAUAUAAGUAAAGCAUAUAAAGAAACAAAAUACAGUUUAUUCAAAUAUGUACAUAAUAAUAAUAAAACGAAUAAAGGUUUGAAUAUAAUAUAUAAUAAUCAUAAAAAAAGAAAUGAUAAAAUAGAUGAAACAAGAAAAAAAAAAAAAAAAAAAAAAAAAAAUUAUUAUUAUGAUGAUAAUAAAUAUGAUAUGUAUAAUAAUAUAUACCACAAAAAUGAUAGGAAUCAUAUAAAUGGUUCCCAUCUUAUUCCUCUAACAUUUUGUUUUUAUAAAAUACAUAAUAAUAUAAUUAUUAAUUUUGAUAAAACAUAUACAGAUAUAACUACGAAUGUUACAAAAUAUUCAAAAGAGACAGAUGAAAAAUAUAAAAAUUCUUGUGGUUAUUUUUAUAUAAAAGGAAAAAAGAAAGGAACAACCAAAAUAGAAAUAAAAUAUAUAAAAGACAAAUAUAUAGAAUAUAAUAGUUUCAUAUUAAAUUUAGAUAUAUAUAAUAAAAUAAAUGCUUUAUUUUGUGUAGAUUUUGUAUGUAGUAAAUAUAUUAAACAUAAUCAAUUAAUCCAUUUAAUAAUUUAUGAUGGUUUCAAUAAAAAAAUACCAUAUGAUAUAAAUAUUUCUUCUGAAGAUGAUAAUAAUAAAAAUAUAAUAAUAAAAGAAAAUAAAAUAUUAAAUAAAUUAUUUAAUAUAAAAGGUAAUUUAUUAUUUCACAAUUUAUUUCUUGAUGAACAAUUUUCAUCUAUAUUCCAAUCACAAUUUUAUGGACAUAUAUAUAAUCCAAAAAAACACAACUAUAAAAAUGUAUGUUGUGAUAUGAAAUAUAAAAAAAAAAAAAGUAAUUAUUACAUUGAAGAUAAUAAUGAUUCAGAUUAUGAUACAUAUUUAUAUGAACAAUUUAUUAUUUUCUCAGAUGAAGAUACAAAUUUUUAUCCUAUCAAAUUGUAUAACAGAAAAUUAUUUGAGUAUGAUUUUGUUUUUAAUUAUGCAUUUAAAGAAAAAUCAAUAAAUAACAAAAUAAAAAAUAUUAAUAAAAAUAUUAAUAAAAAUAUUAAAAAAAAUGACAAUCAAAAUGAUAAUCAAAAUGAUAAUCAAAGUGAUAAUCAUAAUGACAAUCGAGAUAAUAAUAUGAAUUAUUUAUGUUCAUGUAGUAAAUAUUCUAAUGUGUUACUUCGUCAAAGAAAUUAUUAUAAAAAUAAAAAACAGAAAAAAGAAAAUAUAUCCAAUGAUAUGUAUAAUAAUACAUAUAGUGAUAUUAUAUCAUAUUAUGAUAAUUUUAUAUAUGUGCAGAAAUAUUAUUUUAUUUAUGCUAUGUAUGAAAAAAAAAAAAAUGAUAUUACUUCAAAUAUUAUAAUACAAAUGAAAGAGAAACAAAACAAAAAUAUUAACAGUACUAAUUUCUUCCCAAUACAUAUUAAAUAUCCAUCUUCUAUACAAAUGGUUAUUUUUGACAAGCAUCUCAAGAAAUUAUAUUCAAUACAAGAUAUUACAUUUGACAAUAAUAAUAAUAAUAAUAAUAAUAAUAUACAAGAUAUACAUUAUCAUCACAGUUGCAAUCCUUGCAGUUUUAAUAUUUUAUCAUUAUAUAAUAACCAUAAUUAUUUUUUUAAAACCUUUCUUAUAGACGAUAAAGAAAAUGUUAUACUGACUAAUGAAAAUUUUAAAUAUAUUCUCAAACCCUACUUUAUAAAUCUUCAUCCCUUAUGUUAUAAAAAUAAAUCGCAUUAUCUAGAAAAUGAACAAAAUAUAAGGAAAAUUAUUAUAAAUACAAAUAAAAGAGUAUUAUUAAAUCAUACUUUUAAAAAAAAUUAUAAGAACUUAUAUAAAUAUAAUCAUAAUAACUAUCAACAUGUUAAUAUAAAUAAUUAUUAUCCCUCAUUUUUAUUUUCAUUCUCAUUCUUGUCCUUAACAGUUGAAUAUAAAUAUAUAAAAGAAAAAGAAACAUAUAUAUAUGAAAAAGAAUUAUUCAUCACAUUUUAUGAUCAAAUAUAUAUAAAUACUCAGACACAUUUAUAUUUGUUCUAUUCUCCGUUGGUUUAUUAUAAGAUAUAUGUAUGUAAAAUACAUAAAGAUUUUAUUCUAGAUUAUGAUUUUAAAGGCAAAUAUAAUAAUCAAAUAAAUAUAAUAUUUAACAAUGAAAAUAUAAAUGACAAUAAAUUUAUUCAAAAUAUAUCAUCACAUAUGAAAAAAUAUAAAGAAUCAUAUAUUAUUAAAGAAAUUGAUAUGGUCACAAAAACAGAUAUAUCAACUAAUAAUAAUUGUUCUUCUUUAUAUAUUAAUUCAACACAUAUAAAUCAAGGUAUAUUAUAUAUAUAUAAUAAUAAUAAAUUUUUUUUUGAAAUCAAACCGUCUAAUAUAAAUAUAUCCUUUAACGAAAUAUCAAAAAUAAAAAUAUCCUUGUCCUCUUCAUUUUAUAAUAUGAAAGAUUCAAUUAUUUUAAGACUAGAAUUUUUUAAUAAAUACAAUCAAAAAUUUUCUCAUCAAAUUCCUUUACAACUUUUCAAAAUAAAAUUAUUAUAUAAUUAUAAAAAAAUUAAUUUAAAUCUUAUACAAAAUGGAUAUAAGAAUUAUAAUUAUAAUAUGAUCAAAAAUAUUAAAUCUUUAUUUAUAAAACGAAAUAAAGAAAAUAAAGAAAAUAAAGAAAAUAAAGAAAAUAAAGAAAAUAGACAAAAUAAAGAACAAAUAAAAGACGAAGAAGAAGAUAUGAUACUUUCAGAUCUAUUUUAUUAUGUAGAUUGUCAAAUUGUAGGUACAUACUAUAUACAAAUAGAACUCACAUAUAAUAAUCAAGAAAAUAAUAAUAAAACUUAUAAAUAUAAAUCUAUAAUAUCUAAUAUUACACACCUAUUAGUAUAUUCAUCUGGAAAAUUAUUACACAAUUAUUAUGAAGAAAAACAACUUUCUGAAAUUGAAAAAAAAAAAAAAAAAAAAAAAAAAGAUAAAAAUAUAAAACAAACACAUAUACAAAAAUAUAAAGAUGAUGAUGAUAAUUCAAAUAUAAUAAAAAAUGUUAUUGGGAAUUUUAUUAAUAAUAUAAUACAAAAUUUUACAAAUCAUAAAACAGAAGAACCAAACAAACUAAUAAUGAAUGAACAAAAUAAUAAUCAUAAUAUAGCACAUAUUUUGUUACAUCCAUUAAAUCAAAGUAUUCAAUUACAUUUUAAAUUUGAUCAUCCAUAUAUAUACAAAAUAUUAUGUGUUUCAAAGAAUUAUUCUGUAGUAGUACCUACUAUAUUAUAUGAAAAUAAUAGUAAUAAUAAAGAACAAUAUAGAUGUCACAUCAAAACUAAUAAUAUUGUAGGUAAUACAGAAAUACAUAUAUAUCCUAUCUUUAUAGAUUAUUUCAACAUAUUCUUAUUACAAAUAAAAAAUUAUAAAAAUAAAAAACAAUUUGUUAGUCUUCAAAAAUAUGAUUUACAUUUUCAUGAUAUUGAAACAUAUUAUAUUAAUUUUUGUAAAUAUAAAAGUAAUCAUCCUAUUUGUAUACAAUCAGAAGAACUAAGAAUUAUGCGUCAGCUCUAUUUUUUACAAGUACAUAUUAAUCUUGAUUAUAUUACGUCUGUCCGAUUUAUUAAUGAACAAAUUGAAAAUACACUUUAUGUUCCAUUAAAAAAAACGUUCUAUACAUUUCUUAUAUUUCUUAAUAAAACUGAAGAUAUUUUUCAACACAUAGAUUUUAAAGCUAUGUAUGAAAAAAAUUCAAAUCAAAAAUUCUUUAUUUUAGAAUAUUUUGCCGAUACUGAUUCUAUUGUUUUAAAUGAUAAAAGAGAAUGUGUCACGUUAAAUAUCAAAACAUGCUUCUCACAAUAUCAAAAAAACGAAGAAAAAAAUAAUGGAAUAUUUGAAAAAGGUCAUUCCAUUAUUCAAUCUAAUAAUGAUAAUAUAGAUAAGCAUACUUCAACAAAUAAAAAAUGUAACAAAAUAUUAAAAGUAUUAAAAAAUUCAUCAGACACAUUCUUAUCUAUUAAGGCAUAUAAAGAAGGUAAUUAUGUAUUAUAUGUAAAAUUAAUUAGAAAUAAUAAUAUUAUAGUAUCAAAAAAAUAUAAUAUUGUUGUAACAAAUAAUAUACAUGAAGAAAAAAGAUAUAGACAAACCAUACAGUUAAGUACCAAUUCAAUUUAUAAUGUUUAUAAACCUUUUCAUCUUUUUAAAAUGUUUCAAAUAUAUAAUUUGUCACAUAUAGAAAAAAUUAAAACACCACAAUAUUAUGAAUGUACAUAUUUUUCUUCUCAUUAUUAUAUAAAUAAAAAUAACAUUGCUGAUAAAAAAGGAAUCAUUAAAAUAAAAAUCAAUAUAUCACAUAUCUAUAGUGCUACUAUAAAGAACUAUUAUACAAAAUACAUACCAUUAAAUGUGAUACAAUAUUUUUAUAUUCAUUUGUAUAAUAAAAAUAUGCAAAAGAUUUCAUUUCCAUCAAAUGGUAAACUUAUUUUAAACAUAUCACAUCCAAAUAUAUUAGAUACUACCAUUAUGAACAAUAAUCAUAUUUAUAUUAUUCCGAAUAAAAUAGGAUGCUCAUUUAUUAAUAUACAUUUUGUUUUAUAUACAAAUUAUAAAGAAUAUGUUAAAACGGAGCAACAAAAUCGAAAAAUUAUUUACAUAGAUAAUUUACAUUUAUGUGUUGUAAACUCUAUGAAACUAAAACAUUUUCAAAAAAAAAAUCAUAACUUAUAUUAUCCAAAAAAAACAUAUCAACUAUUAAAAGGAUACAAUCAUGAAUUUUCAAUGCAACCAUAUAUAUGUCUAAAAAAUGUUAUUAAAAAAACAAACAAACAAAAUUUUCUUCCAUAUAUAUUAAACAAAACAAAUUUUUCUCAUAUGUAUAAAUAUUAUGAAAAAACAAGUUUUAUCAAAAAUAUAAAUGAUUAUUUACUUGAGCCAGUUCAUAAACAUUAUUCUAUAAUUAAUGAUCACUGUACCUUCAUCAAAACAUAA